AUGGGCCAAUUUCCAGCACAACGAAUCGUUGCCGCGAGACCGUUUUCGACAACAGGCAUAGAUUAUUUCGGGCCUGUGUACAUAAAGCAAGGUUAUAAGAAAAGCUCAAUUAAAGCGUAUGUGUCCGUCUUCGUUUGCUUUUGUACAAAGGCGGUACAUCUGGAGCUAGUGUCCGACCUUUCCACCGCGAAAUUUCUCCAGGCACUUCGUCGUUUUACGGCACGUCGUGGAAAACCGGCCGAAAUAUCUUCCGAUAACGGAACAAACUUUGUGGGCGCUCGAAAGGAGUUAGCAGAAUUAAUAAGCAACCUAAGCAAUCGCAAUUAUCACGAAGCAAUUCAGCAAGAAUGCAGUACGAGUGGAAUAUCCUGGCACUUCAUUCCGCCUGGGGCACCCCACUUCGGCGGGCUUUGGGAAGCCGCCGUUCGUUCCGCUAAGAAACACCUCCUCCGCGUAAUAGGGUAUUCCUCCGUAUCAUAUGAAGAUUUCCUAACACUUCUAGUCCAAAUAGAAGGUUGUAUAAAUUCCAGAUCGCUAACACAGCUGUCAGAUGACCCUGAUGACCUCCAACCGCUGACGCCAGCUCACUUCCUCGUCGGCACAUCACUGGAUGCACUUCCCGAUCCGGAUUAUACCUCCACACCGAGCAACCGAUUAUCACAUUGGCAGCUCAUUCAGCAGCAACAACAACAUUUUUGGCGUCGAUGGCGAGUCGAAUACCUCUCGCAGCUCCAAGCACGCGUCAAAAAUUGGAAGCCUCCGAUCACUAUACAGCCCGGGAGAUUGGUUAUUAUGGUCGACGAAAAUCAACCACCGAUGAGAUGGCGAAUGGCCCGUAUUCAUCAAGUUCAUCCUGGCAGUGACGGAGUAAUUCGAGUCGUCACACUGCGUACUGCAACAGGAUUCCUGAAGAGACCAGUCACCAAAAUAUGCAUGCUCCCUCUUCCUGCUAUGGACGAUCAGCAUGUGGAAAAAUCGUCAACAUUAUCUGAAAUUAAGUAA